UGUAUAUCGACGACGCGUCGAUUUCGCUUGGCCGCUCGGGGGAGCGGGUCAUCGCGUUUCGUCCAUACCGCGCGCUUCUCUUCUCUUCUCUACUCUUCUUUCCUCGAGACACGGCGCGCGCCGAGUCGUGGUGGAAAAAAGGCCGCCGACUCUCGAGAGUCGAGACGGAGACUGGCCGCUCGUUCGAUUUUCCUCAGUUCUAUUCGGCGAACGUUGCGCGAUAGGUCGUUCGUCGCGCGGAUGCCUCGCUCGUAUGCAAAUACCGCGACGUCGUUUUCCUCGAUAAGCGCCGAUCGCCAUCGAGCUGUCGCACAGCCGGUCGGCUCCCUCGUCGCCGGAAGUCAUCGCGCGCACCAACAAGCGCACCAUGAGAGCUCGAAUAGUUUUGUUAGGAGUUUUGCUCGUCUGUACCAGCAUUCGGUAUGCAGAUAGCAGAUCGAAGAAAACGACGCAGCUAUCGUUGCAGAGCAAAGAGACCAACGUCGUAAACUUUAUGCGACUGCUGAUGAUGAGAUUGGUCUUUGGGGUAGCUUCGGCAAUGGGGCUGGGUGAAAAUCUCUCGGGUGUCCUUGGUGGAAUUUUUGUGCCUCCCGGAGCCGAGGAGUACAAUGAGGAUUACGGAGAUGAUGACUUAAUUGUACCUGAUAUUUUCUGAAUUAGAUAUUUUUCAGCCUGAUCGCGCAUUUUCGACGGUAUUCAAUGGCAACGUUGAUUGCGUUUCGGAAGUUAUGUCGAAAUGAAAGACAUGCUUUUAAAUGACUUUUGCGACAAAAUCGACUCGGCUUAAAUUAUGAGAAUUACAAUAUUUAUUAACUUUGUGUUUGAAUUAACAACAUUCAAGAAGUAUGCAUGCGUUUGUUGUGAAAAGCUUUUCUAUUCUCUGAUUCUCUCUACUUCAUUGCUAUUAAUGGGAUUCAUGUUAAUAAACUGAUAAAUUUCAUAUACGAAACAUAUGAAAAUUGAAAAAGAGUAGAUACAUUGUAUAGUGACGUAGCAAACUUUGUAUAAGAAAGUAUGGGUGAGAAAAUAUGGCUUGUCAAUCCUGUUGCGGAAAUAGAAAAAAAAAGGUCUUAGAUCCUACGUCAAUAAUUAGAUGUUAAAAAAUUCACGAAUCAGAGAAUCUCGUUUGUAAUGAAAACGCGAUGACCGUAUUACGAUUCAGUCGUGAGUCUGUCGAUCUUGCGCGAGAGGUUUUUUAAACGAUUUUGUGUAUACCGUUAUUCGUCGUAAUUUCGGUAGAGCUGAUGGGUGUGCACCGAUUAUUACGGGCGAAGAUAUAAGUAGGAAAUGGUUUGUUUCCGCUUUCCGUUUAUCUCGUAUCAAGUGAAUGUAACUAUCCAUUCCGUCGGUUCUGGUCCAGUGAAAUUAGCAUCUGCUAAUCACGAUCAAAGUCUUCAUAUAAAUAAUACAUUUGAUCGUUAUCUUUCGAAAGUGUUGUAAAACCAGUCUCCGAUAAAAUUCACUAUUGAUAAAAUAUUUUAUUUCGUCGCUCAUUGAAAUGGAUUGGAAUCUAGAACUUUACACCAUACUUUCGAAAUAAUCAGCUCAAACGUGAAACAAAAGUAAAUGGAGUGACGGUUUCUGUAAUUACUGUGAAAGCUUGUAAUUAUGAAGAACAUUCAUUCUGUAUACUGAUAAACGAGACAGAAAGCGCAACGUUUAUUAUUGUUAACAAAGAAUUGGAAUUUAUUUAUUUUAUCAUUAACGAAUAAUUUUAGUUUAGCUCAACAAAAGUCCUUUUCGACAUACAAGUACUUUUUACGUUAUUUUAGUCCCAAUAGUUGACAAAUUUAAUUAGGAUUUAUAUGUAUCAAUGAUUUGAUAUUACAUAAAACGUACUUGAUAUCGUUGAUUUUUCUGUUCGUUAAAAAGACGGAAAAUUUUAUGUUAACCAAACUACAUUAUUACAUAGUUUUAAUAUCUUGUCUGUAUAAUGGCGUAACAGAUGUAAAUUACUUAUAUUACGUUUUUCUUUACAUGAUUAAAUACUGAUAAUAAA